AUGACCAAGCCAGUUUUACAUUCACAGGAAGUCGAUGCUUAUCACCUCCAUCUUCUCAACCAUCCCUAUGUUCAGCACUUGCAGGCUUCGAAGGACUUCCACCAGAUCAGCCAUGUUUUUGACACCAACGUCAACAGAACCAAUGGCUUGUUAACCUCUCACACGUUGGCUGGCUCUGAUUUGAUUUCCAAUCCCAUCAUCUUUUCUAAGUUGCUUACCAGGGACGACGGUGGAUGUGCCGGUAAUGCUGAUGGUGCGAAUGACGAGGAUAUUCAUAAUGAGAUUAUCGCGUUUUUUCAUUUGGGAAACCAGUUGAAUGGCCAGUUUAACAUCGUUCAUGGUGGGCUAUUGGCGACUUUGUUGGAUGAGAAUCUUUAUAGAUGUUGUGUUCCAUUAUUCAAGAACUCAAAGAAAUUUGGCGUUACAGCUAACUUGAACAUCAAUUAUAAGAAUCCCACUUUUUCUGAUUCAUUUAUCAUGUUACAUGCAAAGAUAACUAGAGUUGAGAAACAACGAAAGUUUUACUGUUAUGGGAAAAUUGAAAAUUUGCUAAUUGACGAUAACAGCAAUAGCAAUUAUGAUACUAAUAGUAUUUUAAACUAUUAUUUGAAUGAAAAUGAUAUUGAUAAUGAUAUCAAUUAUUGCUUGAAUCAUGCCAAAAAUCCAAAUCACAAUUUAUUAGUUGAGGCUAAUAUUUUAGUUAUUGAACCCAAGUGGGCUCCUGAUUUUCAAUCUGAUCAAUAUUAA